AUGAACAAUCCCCACUCUUCUCCAGAAAAUAGUUCCCCUCUUCAAGAAACACCUGUUAGAAGACAGGAGAACACUCUGGCAAGAGAACUCAAUUCCAAGACCAUGGAAGGCCACGGUACAAUGGCUAUGGGCUACGGCUCAGUCCAGAGUCCUAAGUUAGAGAACAAGAUUUGCAUUCAGUGCAACCUUCUCUUAAAAGGUUGCCUACCAAGGCUACAGGGUCCCUUUUACCCACUGCGAUCUGCUGAUCCUGAGCCAGAAGCUGAUCAUUCCUAUGGCUCUUCUUAUGGGUAUCGCCCAGUCGCCUAUGGCUACUCUCACCGCUAUCACAAGAGGUCUGCUGAUCCUGAGCCAGAAGCUGAUCAUUCCUAUGGCUCUUCUUAUGGGUCUGCUGAUCCUGAGCCAGAAGCUGAUCAUUCCUAUGGCUCUUCUUAUGGGUAUCGGCCAGUCGCCUAUGGCUACUCUCACCGCUAUCACAAGAGGUCUGCUGAUCCUGAGCCAGAAGCUGAUCAUUCCUAUGGCUCUUCUUAUGGGUAUCGGCCAGUCGCCUAUGGCUACUCUCACCGCUAUCACAAGAGGUCUGCUGAUCCUGAGCCAGAACCUGAUCAUUCCUAUGGCUCUUCUUAUGGGUAUCGCCCAGUCGCCUAUGGCUACUCUCACCGCUAUCACAAGAGGUCUGCUGAUCCUGAGCCAGAAGCUGAUCAUUCCUAUGGCUCUUCUUAUGGGUAUCGCCCAGUCGCCUAUGGCUACUCUCACCGCUAUCACAAGAGGUCUGCUGAUCCUGAGCCAGAAGCUGAACCUUCUAAUGUAUAUGGUCACUCAUAUGGUUACCCCAGACACCGUCCAGUAAUUUAUGGAUAAGGACAUCAUCAGCAUAGUAGGUAUAUCCUAAUAGCCAAAGAGGAGGACACAGAUGACUAUAGCUAGCAAUAGAUAUUUAUUUGUUGUUAGUUCUUGAAUGUUCUUCAACUUCGACAAAACAAUAAAGUAUUACUACUA